AUGGGGGAAGAUAACGCACUGGACAGGGAGAGCGACGGAGUUGCUGUGAAUAUAACGUUUGAAGAGGGUGCAUUAGAAGGAGCUGAAGCGACUACAACAGGAGCUACAUUGGAUGGGGCAGGAGCUGAAGGCUAUCAGACAAUCAUAGGCCCAAGAAUGGCUUACCCAGCCAUGUUCUGGCAGCACCAGGAGCACCGACCAGGAGCAUCAGGAGAAACAUCAGGAGAAACACCAGGAGGAACAGUAAUGCCAGCAGUGCUGCCGCGAGCAGUACCGCUGCUGCAAACACUGAUGCAGCCACCAGGAGAAGCAGCAGCAGGCGCAGCAGGAUCAGCAACAUCAGCAACACCACCAGCAGCAGCGGCAGCAGCAGCAGCAGGAGCAGCAGCAGCAGCAGGAGCGGUGGGAGCAGCAGCAGGAGCAGGAAGCAUGGGGCCUCCACCACUUCAGAUCUACGCUUAUUCCCCCGCUUCCUCCUACGGGACCCUCCCCUCCCUCAUUCCCUCUCUCCCUCCCUCGGGCGUCAUCCCUUCUCCUUACUUUGCCCCAGGCUUACCCCAUUCUAUUGUGCCGCUUCAACCACCCUCCGAGACUGAUAGAGGUAAGAAUGUAGGUGUGUGCGUGCAGGAGUGUACUAGACUGCUAGAGGUAAGAUUCGUGUCAGUCGGCUUAAAAGCAAGUGUGAAGCGGCCGGAGGAGCCGGAGUGUGCAUGCUGGAACUGGGUGGGGGAGCAGGAGUGCGAGUAUUACAUGAGGACGGGGAGCUGUGCGUAUGGGCCUAGGUGCCGCUUCAACCACCCUCCCAGGUUGGAGGCGAUGCAACCGCUGCUCCCAUCCACGCCGUACCCGCAACGACCGGGGCAAACAGAGUGCAAGUACUAUCUCAAGACUGGCACUUGCAAGUAUGGACCCUCCUGCACCUUCCACCACCCGCCGCUACUCGCCGCAACGCCCGCUCAUUUUUCCCCUCUCCUUGCAAAUCUCCCAUUUUCUCUCUCCCUCCCCUCCUCCACUUCCCCUUCAGUACUAUCUCAAGACUGGCACGUGCAAUAUUAUCUCAAGACCGGCACUUGCAAGUAUGGGCCCUCCUGCACCUUCCACCAUCCGCCGCUACUCGCCUCAGCACCUGCCGGAUCUUCCCACCUGCCUCUCAACGCUCUCGGCUACCCCCUCAGACCGGGCGAGACAGAAUGCGCCUUCUUCCUUCGAACAGGGCAGUGCAAGUUUGGAGCAACAUGCAAGUUCCAUCACCCCGACCUACACACGCCCCCGCUACAACCAAUCGGCCUACAUCCCUCCCAGCAGCAUCCUUCCCAGUUGCUGCAGGCGCCGAUGGGGCUGCAUCCCUCACAGCUACAUCCUUCUCCCCAGCUCCAGAGUCCUCUUGGUCAACAGCCGUCCCAGCAGCAUCCCUCCUACCAGUAUCCCUCCCAGCUACAACCGUCCCAGCUACAGCCGUCCCAGCAGCAGCAGGUGCAGGUGUUAUACCCUGGAGGAGCAAACACGGCAGAAGCAGAGGAGGCAGUUAAGCAACAGGCAAGCAGCAUCGUUCCUGGGGAAGCAUCCAGGAAGGAAGAAGCAAUCAUUUCUGCUGAUGAUGCGGCUGCUGCUGAUGCUGGUGAAAACCCAGGUACUUCUUUCGCUCCUGCUCCUGCUCCUGCUCCUGCUCCUGCUGUUCUUCCUCCCUCUACUCUUCCUCCUGCUCCUGCUCUUGCACCUCCUCCCGCUGCUCUUGCUACCACCGCUGCCCCACUUUUCCCGCCUCCUUGGCCUGCUGCUCCUCCUCCUGAUCCUUCUGCUGCUCCUGCUGCUCUUGCUGCUGCUCCUUCUCUUGCUGUUACCUUUGCUCCUCUUGUUGCUCCUCCUGCUCCUCCUCCUGCUGCUCCUUAUGCCCCUCCUCUUGAUGCUUCUCGUUCGGAGGAUCAUGCAGGUACGGCACCACUCCCAUCGGAGAUGGGGAAAGAGUCUUAUCAACACCCAAGUCUGGCAGUUAAUGGGAUGGUGGGGAGGGGAUAA